GCGGUAGCAUUUCGUUAAAGUGACGGUCGGUGUUGUUAGAGAAAAAAGAAGAAAAAAACAACAACAGAAAGUGUUAACGAUUUUGUUUUUUUUUUUUUUUUUUGGCCAGUAAUCAGUGUAUUAGAGAGUGAUUUUUAUUUUAGGAGAUUUAUUUUAUGGUUUUUUUCGUAGACGUCGGGGUAAAACGAAAAAACAAACGGGUUAAAUAACAAAAAAAUAAAAAUUUAAAAAGCAAUAAACUUUUACACAAAAGUUUAAACAAAGUUAAACAACAAAAUAACACUAAGCCAAUAACAACAACAAGAACAACAAAAGUGUUACCAACGUUACAUUAACAUAAGUAGCAAAAAACAAAAACGAAUGAAAAGUUAAAACAAAAUAACGAAAAAAAGCAGAGAUUUAAAGAAAACUUAAAUCAAACUAAAUUUUAUUAAAUAAUAACGAAGAAAUUAUUAAAUGAAUUAAAAUUUUUAAAGAAAUUUAACAAAAAAUCUUUUGCUUUAUUAAAAAAAACAACAAAAUUUUGUUUUAUUUUUAAAAAGUGCGUGUUUGUGUUUGCCCGUGUUAGUGACUACCUGUUCCCUCCAUUAAACAACAAAAGCAUUAUUAUUAUUGUAAAUAACAGCAACAACAACAAAAAUUAUAAUAUUUCUUUUUUUUUUUUGAUUCUGUUUUAUUAUUUGUAUUUAUACUUGUCAUUUGUGCGUUGUGCAAGCCGAAACUAACAAACAAAACAAAAUUCAAAGGCAACAAUAAUAACUACAACAACAACAAUAAAAGACAACAAAAUCCAUCAAAAAGUAAUAAAACAACAAGUUUUUUUUGUAUUCUUCUUUCUAUUACUUCUCCCAAAAACAACAAGAUAAAUAGUGACGCUUUAAUACAAAGUGAUUGGACUCUCUAACUAAUACUUCAUAAAUUGUUUUUGUUAUUUUCGUUAUUUACGUGUGUGUGUGUGUCAAUCAGUUUGCCUUGUUUCAGAGUUUGUUUAGCUGCUAAUAAUAAUAAUGAUCAUUUUCUCAUCAUCAUUAUAAUAAAAAAAUUAGAUUAUAAUAAAAAUCUAUUAAAAAAAUUCUUGUUUAUCAUCAAAUAACUUGCACUUGCACCUGUUUUAAUAAGAAAAAUUUAUAAAAAAAAGAUAAAAAAAAAUUCAAAAGAAAAACAAAUAGUGAAAAUAAAUUUAUAAAAGAUAAAACACAAAAAAAAAGAAUAUUUUUUAACAUUAACCGUACAAGAAUUUGGGAUUUAUUCUCUUAACACAGCAUUGUUUGAUUACAAGUGUUGCCAACUUUUAAAGCAGCUCAGACAAUUGGAAAGAUCACAAAAGCAUUCCUAUUUUAAACAACAUUAUAUAACUGCCAAAAUUCCCUUUACCACAAAUUAACAAAAUGGCACCCAUGCCCAGUAUUAAAAAUGAUCAGAAACCCAAUACUAAUUAUUUAUAUGCCACAAAUGAUUCCGGAGAUAGUUGUUCUACUCCAUCGAGUCCACCCUCAAGUACAGAUCCAGGCAAAUCACAAUGUUCUUCCCUCUCUGAUGGUGAAUCCUUUGAGGGUUAUGGUGAAAAUGAAUUAGUUAGCAUACAUUCCACACAUGAUCAUGUCGAUCAUUCGCUCUCCACAAAUGAUGGCAAUAAUAACUUAAAUGGUAGUUCAGGUAUUGAAUUGGAUUUGGCACCACAUGGUGGUAAUAACUCUACGCCUCAACAUGAUGAUGAUGAUUUAAAUUUUAUACCACGCGAUAAUUGGGCACGUAUGAGCUUAAGACGUACACCCACCAAAAAUCCUGACAGUUUAGCCAAUCGUCGUUGGGGUUCCAUGAGACAUGUAGGAAGAAGACAAUUUAACUUUUUAUCUCUUUUCAGCCAACUUUAUCGUUCUUCCAGUUUCAAUUCCUCAGGUCGUAGUUCCAACUGUGAUAAUUCCGAAUCUGAUAUGUAUCCCGAUAUGGAGGAUGUACAAAAUAUUAACUAUAAGCUGGAACUACUACAGCGUCAGGUGACAGAUUUAACGGAUACAAAAACCACUGUAGAGGAUUUAACCUCACGCACAAAAACCGAAUAUGCGGUAUUGCAGGCACGCUAUCACAUGCUGGAAGAACAGUUUCGAGAGGCUGAAUUUCGUGCCGAGGAUCGUUUGGCCGAAGAACAAAAACGUCAUCGUGAGCUUUUGGCUCGUGUAGAGCGUGAGGCUGCCCUACAGAAUGAAAAUUGUCAGAUCAAAAUUAAAACCAUAGAAAUCGAGGCCAAUGCUUUGCGUGAGGAGAAUCAACGUUUACGAGUCCUAUGCGACAAACAGGCCAAUGAUCUACAUCGCACUGAAGAGAAAUUUGAAUUGGCUAGAGAUCAAAUAGUGGCCCUGCAACAGGAUCUUGAUGAGGCUUUACAAAAGGAACGUAAAUAUGAAAAAGAAAAGAAAACUUCAGAAGAACUAAUGCUGGAGUUAAGUAAAGAAUUGGAACGUUUGAGAGCGGAAACUGGACCGGCCUUGCCUACCACUUCACCCGAAUCCAUAAGACUGGAAGAACUGCAUCAGGAGCUAGAGGAAAUGCGUCAAAAGAAUAGAGCUUUAGAAGAACAAAAUGAAGAACUGCAAGCUGCUGUUUUAACUCGUGGCGUAGAGGAGGGUCGCCAUUUGUUAAAUGGCACUUUGAAUAGUUUGGCUCAAGAAUUGGAAGAAAUGUCACAAGCUCAGGAUUCUGUGGAUUCAACCACAUUAGCAUCCUUAAGUCAGUUACAACAAGCCUUCCAGGAGAAAGAGGAAGAAAACACCCGCCUUAAACAUUAUAUCGAUACAAUAUUAUUAAAUAUUGUGGAAAAAUGUCCUCAAUUAUUGGAAGUUAAAGCCAUAAAUAAUAAAUAAUAGUUAUUAAUUAAUUAUAUAAAGAAAAACUAAAAAAAAACCCUAAGAAAAACGUUAUUAAGGCCAAUUUAUUAUUAAACUAUUUUUUUUACAACAAAAUCAAAAUAAAAAAUCAUAAAACUUAUUUUUAAAUUAAACAAUAAUAUUAAUAAUUUACAAAAAAAGUUUAAGUUACAACUCCCUUAAUCUUCUUUUUAUUUUAGUUUAAUUACUUUAAUUAGAUCAAAACCCUUGAUAUUUAUCUUUUUUUCUAAACUUUAAUUUUCUAAAGAAUUUAUUUAUAAUUAUUUAAAAAAUAAAAAGAUUUAUCUUAGAGAAAUCUUUUUAAACCCCUCCCCCCCCCUUGGCAAAUGUCCCCCUUAAAAUUGACUUAAGCUUUUUAUUAUCAAAAAAAAAUCUAAUUAUUAAAUUCUUAGUUU